AUCAAGCCAGAAACCAAAAUAUUUUCCAUUUUGCAUAGAAGAGAAGAGAAACCUUUUGAAUGCCCUAUCUGUGGCAAAAGUUUCAGUCGCAAUAACAGCCUGGUGAACCACCAGAGGACUCACACAGGAGAGAAACCUUUUGAAUGUCCUAAUUGUGGCAAAUGUUUCAGUCGGAAUUCAAGCCUGGCGAUACACAAAACAACUCACACAGGACAGAAACCCUUUGAAUGUUCUGAUUGUGGGAAAGGUUUCUGUAAGAAUUCAAGCCUGGCGACACACAAAACAACUCACACAGGACAGAAACCCUUUGAACGUUCUGAUUGUGGGAAAGGUUUCUGCAAGAAUUCAAGCCUGGCGACACACAAAACAACUCACAUAGGAGAGAAACCCUUUGAAUGUUCUGAUUGUGGGAAAGGUUUCAGUCAGAAUUCAAGCCUGGUGAUUCAUCAGAGGACUCACACAGGAGAGAAACCCUUUGAAUGUCCUGAUUGUGGGAAAAGUUUCAUUAGAAAUUCACAUCUAGUGAGACACCAGAGCACUCACACAGGAGAGAAACCUUUUGAAUGUCCUGAUUGUGAAAAACGUUUCAGUCAAAAUUCCAAUCUGGUGAUACACCAGAGGACUCACACAGGAGAGAAACCCUUUAAAUGUCCUGAUUGUGGGAAAGGUUUCGAUAGAAAUUCCCGCCUCAUUAGCCACCAGAGGGUUCACAUAGAAGGGAUACUUUUUGAAUGUCUUUAUUGUGGGAAAUGUUUCAGUCACAAUUCCAACCUGGUGUUACACCAGAGGAGUCACACAGGAGAGAAACCCUUUGAAUGUGCUAUCUGUGGGAAACAGUUCAGUCACAAUUCCAACCGGCUGAAACACCAGAGGAUGCACAUAGAAAAGAAAUCAUAUGAAUGUCCUGAUUGUGGGAAAAAUUUCAGUUGCAAUUCUAGACUGCUGACACACCAGAGGACUCACUCCAGAGAAAAAACAUAUCAGUGUCCACAUUGUUUGAAAAGUUUCCUUUGGAAUUCUGAGCUCGUGAAACACCAGAGGAUUCACACAGGAGUGAAACCUUUUGAAUGUCCUGAUUGUGGGAAAAAUUUCAGUCAGAGUUCCAGCCUGGUGAGACACCUGACGACUCACACAGGAGAGAAACCAUACGAGUGUCCAGAAUGUGGGAAAGAUUUCAGUACUAGGUCUAGCCUCUUAAAUCAUGUGCUUAUACACACAGGGGAGAAACCAUUUAAGUGCCCUGAGUGUGGACGGUGUUUCAGGAAACAUUCCACUCUUAUCACACACAAGAAAAUCCACAUGAGGCCCAAAGUGAUGAGUGUAGAGAAGUCUUGAAUUUUAUUUCUAAUGUCCCAUUGUAAGUCUGGCUGAGUAAUCGACUCCUUAAUUUGACUACAAAGACUUUCCCUGAUUUUUUGUAGUCAAAUAUGUCAUGGUAUUAGACAGGAAGGAUGAAAAAAAUGGGUUAUUACAUAUUAGUUUGAUAAUGGCUACCUCGCCACCAGCAGCAGAAGUUGCUAGAAAUUUAUUUUUUCAGAAAUUAUGUUUUUUUUUAAAAAAAAAAUGGAAGCUUUAUUUCCCUUUUGUAUCAUGAUAAAUGAUAGAAAUGCCAUGUGUGGUUCCUCAUAUAAUGAGAAAAUGAGAAAAGAAGCAGAAGGGUUUCAAAGUCUUUUCUUAACAGUUCCAGGAAUUCAGUGCACCAAGCAUGUCUAUUCAGAUUUUGUCAAGAAUGUGGCAUGCAAGUUGAAGAAAAAUAUGAACAGCAAAUAUAAUUGGGGAAAUUUGGGGCAGUGACAAAAGCAGUGUGAAAUUUCAGAUGUAAAGGUGGUUCUGCCCUGCAGGUGACCUUCAUGAAGAAGAGCUAUAGCAGUGGUAGUCAACCUGGCCCCUACCGCCCAUUAGUGGGCGUUCCAGUUUUCAUGGUGGGCGGUAGAUGUUUUGUCCGAUACUGAAGCACUUUCUUUUAAUUUAAUUGACUUUUUAAAAAAAAUUUGUAACAUUAUUUAAAAACAUUUUCAUUAGGUUUUCAUAAAAUUCUCCGUGACAAUUAAAAUUUCUGAAAAUAUACUAUUUGUAUCACCUGCACAUGUUUAGUUCAUGUUACAUAAGUGAAACUAAAUGGCGCUAUAAUGCGACCGCAAAUAAAAGAGGCUUGUCCCAGAAUAGCUCAUGCAUCUCCCCCCCACAGGGCCCAGCUGUAACAGACAAGCAGAGCUAGUAGCUGGCGCCCCCCCCCAAACCCAAUCCACGAUACACGAGAGGCAUGUGCAGAUGAUGAUACACGGCGCAUUACUGUGGAACUGGUGGGCGGUUAGAAAAUUUUACUACUAACAAAGAUACAAAAGUGGGCGGUAGGUAUAAAAAGGUUGACUACCCCUGAGCUAUAGGAAUAUUGAAUUGAGAAGAAAAGGGAUUGUGGUUUUGAGCACCAGAUCUCCAGGUUUAUUUGCAACUCCUGCUGUGAUCUUUGCUUGGAGGAGCCUCCUUGUUAGCCUUCAAUGGCUGGUGAGUGAGAGUGCACCAAGAGGCUGAUACUUUUUUUUUUUUGGAUUUUUUUUAAUUUUUUUUGAAGCAAACCACAUAUAGUAUACUUUUGGAACAAAAAUAUCAGCCAAGUACAUAGUCAAACCGAAUUCCAUUUUUCACCACCCUCUUGUAUACUUUUUAAAAUGUAUUUCCCUUCCCCCCUUUUUAAUUUCACUAUUUGCAUAUCUCUAAUACAAAAUUUAAUCUAACCCUCUGUCCUGAAUUUAACUCUUUAAUCAAGUCUAGCCCCCCCUUUUUUUGCCCCCCUUCUUGUCUCUCCCAUCUAAAUUAAAACCCUAUAUUCCCAAUUACAAGUUUCUUUCUUUUCAGUCUUUAUAUCAUCAACAUCUAUAA